AUGGAGGAGCGGAGCCCGGCGGAGGGCGAGGGGGCUCCGGGGGGCGGCCCGGGGGGCGGCCCGGCGUCCGGCAGCGCCGAGUCGCUGGAGCGGGCGGCCCGGCGGCGUUUCCAGCGCUCGGAGGCGGCGGGGCUGGUGUACGUGGUGUCGGCGCUGUCGGCGCUGGGCGGGUUCCUGUCGGGCUACGACAGCGGGGUGGUGUCGGGGGCGCUGCUGCUGCUGCGGCGGCGCCUGGGGCUGGGCGCCCUGUGGCAGGAGCUGCUGGUGUCGGGCACGGCGGGCGCCGCGGCGCUGGCCGCCCUGCUCGGGGGGCUGCUGGCCGGCGCCUGCGGACGCCGCUCCGCCGUGCUCCUGGCCAGCGCCCUCUUCGCCGCCGGGGCCGCCCUGCUGGCCGCCGCCCCCGGCAAGGGCACCCUGCUGGCCGGCAGGCUCGUCGUCGGCUUCGGCGUCGGUAUAGCUUCCAUGACAGUCCCUGUAUACAUCGCUGAGGUGGCUCCGCCCCAUUUGCGAGGCAGAUUAGUAACCAUCAACACCCUCUUCAUCACCGGAGGGCAGUUCUUCGCCAGCGUUGUUGAUGGAGCCUUCAGUUAUCUCCCAAAGGACGGAUGGAGGUACAUGCUAGGCCUCUCAGCCAUCCCAGCAGUCAUACAGUUUUUGGGCUUUCUCUUUUUACCGGAAAGUCCCCGCUGGCUCAUCCAGCAAGGCCAGACCCAGAAGGCCCGGAGAAUCCUGUCUCAAAUGCGGGGUAACCAGACCAUUGAUGAAGAAUUUGAUAGCAUCCUAAACAACAUUGAAGAGGAGGAAAAAGAAGUUGGUUCAGCUGGACCUGUGAUCUGCCGAAUGCUGACUUACCCUCCAACUCGCCGAGCUUUGAUCGUGGGGUGUGGUUUACAAAUGUUCCAACAACUUGCGGGCAUCAACACCAUCAUGUACUACAGUGCCACCAUUCUGCAGAUGUCAGGGGUCGAGGAUGACAGAAUGGCAAUAUGGCUGUCUUCAGUCACAGCUUUCACAAACUUCAUUUUCACGCUUGUAGGAGUCUGGCUGGUAGAGAAAGUGGGACGCAGAAAACUUACACUUGGGAGUUUAGCAGGUACUACUGUAGCACUUGUUAUCCUUGGUUUGGGGUUUUUGCUGUCAGCUCAGGUCUCACCACAAGUUACACAUAAGCCAACAGAUCCUUCAGGCCAGAACUCAACUUGCCUAAAAUACAGCUACUGUAAUGGAUGCAUGUUAGACCCAGACUGUGGUUUCUGCUACAAACUAAACAAGUCUAGUGUCGUUGAGGCAUCCUGUGUUCCAGUGAAUAAAGCAUCUACUAGUGAAGCCGCCUGGGGAAGGUGUGCAAAUGAAACCAAAUCCAAAGCAGAAGAACAAUUUUGGGCUUAUAAUUUCUGCCCUACUCCAUACUCCUGGACUGCACUUCUGGGCCUAAUCCUAUACCUGAUUUUCUUCGCACCUGGAAUGGGACCUAUGCCAUGGACUGUCAAUUCUGAAAUCUAUCCCCUUUGGGCUAGAAGUACGGGAAAUGCAUGUUCAUCAGGAACAAACUGGAUUUUCAAUGUUUUGGUUUCACUGACGUUUUUACAUACAGCAGAGUACCUUACAUACUAUGGGGCCUUCUUUCUCUAUGCAGUAUUUGCUGCUCUGGGACUCUUGUUCAUCUACGGCUGUCUUCCCGAAACUAAAGGGAAGAAACUGGAGGAAAUCGAAUCCCUGUUUGAUAACAGGCUAUGUAUGUGUGGCGCUUCCGAUUCUGAUGAAGGAAGAUAUAUUGAAUAUAUUCGGGUGAAGGGAAGUAAUUAUCAUCUUUCUGACAAUGAUGCUUCUGAUGUGGAAUAAUUUUUAGCUGCUGAUGUAUUUAAUCAUUUAAAAGCCUUCUGGGAAAAGAGCAGCUAUUGGUGACCUCACUGCCCUGCUUCUGGUCUGGUUUCCCUUUCUACUGUCUAAUUCUGAAUGCCUUUAUGUUCUAAAAUACUUAAUUGGGAAGGGAAUCUAAUGCAGUAUGAUUUAUCUGGAGCUGAAAAGUUAAAAAAAACAGUUUAUAAGGAUUUUAUUUUAUGAGAAAAUGGAUAUUAGCUCCUGAAAAUUAACUAAAUCCAGGUUUUUUUCCAAUGAAACCAAUGACAUUCUUAUUUCUUAAGAAAGUAAAUAAUAUUAGCAACGGUAUAGUCAGUAUGAAGCCACCGCAAUCAUUCUAAUGUCCUUACAAACAGAAGUAUUCUAGGCUGCUGAGCACGGUAUUUUACUUCCGGAAAAAAUUGCCUGCCCGUCCUGGGACGAUGGACUCAUAAGCAGUUUACCUCCGGGGUUUCGGUGAGCAAAGACCACUUAGAGUUAUGCAGGAGAAUUAAAAAGCACCGGCUUUAGGAAAAGCAUCUCUGUAGGUAUUCCCACUGGCUAGACGAACACGACAGACUGGUUCAUCCAUAUGGCAUUCUUCGCCCCUCAGAGAUUCCUCAGGGCACCGCCCGGGGUUUCGGAUCAACUGAGCACAGCUCCGCUACUCCGGACCUGGGCGAGAGCCCUUCUUUAGGCGGUUCAUUUCACAAGUGCAGUGAAGGUCCCCACACUGAGCAUUUUCUGAACAUAACCUUACAUUGUUUGUUUGGUUGGUGCAUUUUAUUUGUUUGCCAUGACAACACAAAAUAAAAGGUUUGAUGGGAUCCCUAAUUGAACAGCCCCUUAGGCACCCUAAAUUAAUCGGAUCUUCAGCUACUUCAGGGACCAUUUUGUGUGCUGACCAAAAUCGCACAGUAAUCACCACCCCUCUGCUUAUAAACGUCGGCGCUUUGCCUAUUGGUGCCUUUAUUUUCAUUAUGUAAAUAGCUUCCAACACAUCUCUUUUUUUCCCAUUCAUUUAUUUAUAAAAUGGGUUUGAAACCAAAAGGAAAAUCAGUGGCAGAAAAGCCCAGGGAUAAUCAUGACCUUAAAAUAGAAAUUGCUUUUCCUCUAAACUUUGUUAAUAUUUCAAGAACAAGAUAUUACUAGUAGGUUUGUCAAACUCAGUACCACAUUGCUCUUUAUUCAUUAAUGAAUAAAUACAGUUCAUUUUCUGUACCUCACAUUUUCCUGACAAAGUCAGAGUAUGUAGAAAUAUGGAUAGAUUUUUGAAGACCGUCUGUAACCCCGUAGCCCAAAUGUGGGUGAUUUUCUCUCUGUUUGUGAUGAGAUAUUAGUAAUCUGGAUAAAUGAUUGGAUCAGGUCCACACCCAGGGUGUUUCGUAUAAUAUAUUUGCUGAAAAGUUUAAAUUUGUUGAAUUUCUAUUCCACAUCGUAUUCUGCCUUACAUUUUGGCCCUUCUGUUUUGAAAGCCCAUCUUUCAAAUCCAUUCCCUCCUUUCUGAGCUACAAGUGAUAUCUAAUAAAGUAAAUUUUGAUAAAUCAAAAUCUCUCAAUCAUAUGACUGAGGCAAUGCAGAACAAAAAUGUAACCACACUCUAUUUUCUAACAUACAGUUUUGAAUCCCAAAUCCCAGAGUUCCUAUUUAUGCCCUUCCAACCCGUGGUUGAAAACCAAAAAGGUGUGCGAGUCCAGUCGACACUUAAAUUCUUCUGCUACACACUAAGGGUCUUGGCUGCCUACCAGGUAGGAGCGAAGAGACAGAUUCAAUCUAACCUUUUUUAUCAAUAAAACAGAUUUCUGAUAAAAACAGUAUGAAAGAUUAUUAUCCCACUUAAUAUGUUUCCAGUCAAUCAGUCAAUCAUCUUUAUUGAGCACUUACUAUGUGCUGAGCCCUGUAUUGAGCACCUGGGAGAGUAUAAUGACAACAGAGUUGGUAGACGUGUUCCCUGCAAACAGCGAGUUUGCAGGUCUUUUCAUCAUUUCCCGGGAUGAAAAUGAGCCCAUUGUCGAGCCAGUUGGAAGAUAGUACAGCCUGUAAUCAAUCGAUCAGCCCCUUCCACUUUCCUGGUAUACUCAGAAAUAGGUAUGUGUAUUGUAUUUUCUUUUCAUAUCAGUGAUUUGGUUAGCAGAAAUAAUCAUAAUCUUUAGAAUCUCUUUCUCUAAGCUUUAAAUUCAACUGGCUGUUCGUAUUUAUUUUUCAGAAAGUUUGAUGUCAUUUAAUGGCAGAGAUCGUUGCUCUUUUCCACUGACAGCUCAUCCUGGGUCCAUCAAAGCAGAGUCAAGUAAAGGAUUGGGGCAAUUAGCUGUGCAGAGGAAUAAUCUGUAGUCCAAAGAAACCUUGAUCUUCCCCUCAGUGAUGUUUUGUAGUCACAGAUAUCUGAAAAAUUGCCUUACCUUUGCCCCUGACUUUGUCAGCAUAAACAUAAAUCCUAUUUGGCUGUGAACAAAUUUCCUAAAACUGUUUUCUAAACAGAGCAUGGUGCUUUCCAUCUCUUUAAGGUGAGCAAAAGUAGUCUCCCACAUUUGUAGCUAACAAUCAGUUGGCUGUGGCAUGAAAUUCUAGUUUAUUUUCUAUCGCUAUUUGCUUCCAGUUAUGUUGGAUUUGUGUUCCUUUUCCAAUGAAUUAUGUUUCAUGACCGUAACAUUCCAUCUCUAUUACUUGUGAGCCACAUACUAUAUAUAAAUAUAUACAAAUAGGUUUAUAUAUGUUUAUAUAUAGUAAUGGCUAUUCAAAAGACUAAAAAAGACUUGAAAAAUCAACCUUGCAAAAAUAAGGUUUUUAUUGUUAGAAUCUGUGAACAUUUGUAAAAGAUGAAAAAAUUAAAAGAUUUUUUGUAUUUUACAGAGAAUUUUAUAUUGUGCAUCUUUUAAGUUUACAGAGACUUUGGCUGGCACCGAAUACUUCAAUAACAUUCCAUAUGAAGAUGAUAAAAAUAGUUUUAGUAGUAUAAUAAUUUCAUAGAAUAGAAUUUUGAUUUGUUAAAUUGAAACACAGAUCUAAGCACAAGAUCAUUUUAGUAAAUGCUUUUUGCAGGAAUCGUGGAUAUUUUCUUCACAAGCUGCAUAUUUCAUUCAGGAGUACUAUGCUUCAUGAAUAUCUGGUGAAGCUGGUUAUAUAUAGCACCUGCCUAGUUUCCUUCAAGGUGGCAUAUCAAUUAUACAGUAGGCUUGAAAGAAUUUGACAUCUCUGCUGCUUCAGAUCUCAUUAGUCUGCACCUAGGUAUAGGAGAUGUGAGGCUAAAUACCUUUUCAAAGGUUUAUCAUUAUUCAGUAUGUUGAUAUUUCUCUGCCUUACAGAUAUUUAAAUCUUCCUUCUGACUCAGAUCAGGCAUUUACUCAAAAUCAGAUGGAUUUUUAAAAUGAAUCUUCAAUAAGAAUAGGGAAAGAGAUUUUACACUUCAUUUGACCUGAAACAAAGGAAAUGCUUUAUUUGAAAAUUAGUUAAGCAUUACCAGAAUUUUGCUUUCAUAAUACUUUUCAUGUUGGGGAACAGUAUUUGAGCUCUGGUAAGUGGUUUGGGUGAAUCUUUAGGCUUCAAGACAACAGUCAUUAAGUACACAUAGUUAAAAGCAAGAACUCUGCUGCCGGCUCUUUUUUUUUCCCCAAUCAUUAGUCGUCUUUGCAGGGGAAGGGCUGAUCAAAAAAAGAAAAGUACACAGUUUGGCUAGAAGCUUAGAUACCAAAGCAACCCUCAUUAAAAUGUCCCAUUAUUCCACCAAUGAUUCCAGAAAAAAAUUAAAUCUUCAAAAGCACCCGAUCCCUACAAAACUUUGAAAAAUGAUGUCAUGUUUUUCACAGCAAACUCUGCUUCAGCUUCAACACUGAAAUUAUUUCAAAAUAUAUAUCUUUUUUCACUUAAUAAAGAUUUUACCAGUACCCUAAGUUGGACCAAAAGCAUGAUGUCACAUUUUCCCACGUAUAAAUAUUUCAGCAUUUUCCAACAAAUAGAAACAAACUUCUCCUCAAUACUUUAAAAAAAAAAGUUUACCUACUUUGUGUGAUAGAUCUGAAUUGACCAAAUAAUUCUUUCCUAACAGGAAAAAGUGAACAAUAAACAAAAGUUUUGUAUACCAGGCCAGAAGCAGAAAAUUCACAAUACAAGCUUUAUGGCAAAAUGUGUAUAAUUGCGGGUAAAAUUUACAGCUUACAUGUAGCUGCUGCCUAUAAAAACGACUCCGAAUUGUUCUCCGGAUUACUAAAAAUCUUGUUUUCUGUGCAGAACUAUCAGUUGUUUAUAUCGAUCUUCAUAGCCUUGUAUACAAUGUUAAGCUUAAUUUAUGGAGUGGUUUAGGUUGUGGCAAUAUUUCCAAUGUCAGCACAAUAAACUCUCCUUCUUGGUGAACAGUAUUGUUGCUCUGAUAUUAAGGGGUGAACUCUUGAAGAGCCCACCUAUUUAUUCAAAAAGUCAGAACAACUAGCAGUUCUUCACUCUGUGGUGUAUGUUUUCACUUAAAGAUGAAGGAGUUUUGUAUAUGCCAGUAAUCAUCACUGUGGUGUUUUGUAACAGGAUGUUAAUGAUGUUCAAAAGUAUAUGGAAGUAUUUUAUUCACAUGACUUGUUCGUGUUACUGAAGAAAAUAUAAUUCCUAUAACUCCUUUUUCAUGUAGUAGAUACAGUGUGUUGCACUUGAGUGAUUUGGCAUGUGAAAUUAUGACGUUUGAGAUUUUAUUUAUUGUUUAUUUGAAUCUCUUUUUCAGAUUUGGGUUUUAGAUGGUAAAGUUUGUGUUUGAUGUUGUCCUAUCAAUUAUAACUGAACAAAAUGAAAGACAGUUACAAAACAGAACCCUGGUAUUGAAAAUUUAAAACCAGGUUUUGUAAAGUGGAAGUUAGGAAACUCAACCUCAACUCAUUUUAUUUGAAGAGUAAAAUAAAAUCAAGAGAUUUCAACAUGAAAGUACCAUAGGUAUGUACACUGUAAGAGUCCAGACCGGUUUCCUAGCAGUCUUCGGUUUCAUUCUCUCUUGAUAAUUCAGCAUCCUUUACCUGCAAUGAACAAAACCAAUACCGGAAACUGUAAUUUUCAUGGGGAAUAAAUUGAAUUGUAGUGUGUGCUAUUCAUAAAAUACAAGUACUUAAUGAAGUAUAAAUUCAAUUCCUGAGUGCAUGUGCAGUAUUUAAUACUUCAACUUGACAAACCUAGUAUGAAUAUUUAUGACCAGCCUUGAUAUUUGGAAUAUCUUAACACUGGUGAACAUGUAUCAUUUCCUUUACAGUCAUUCAAGCCUAUACCGUAUCGAAGUGUUGUACAUUCUAUGAAAUUUUAGUGAUGUAAACCUGUUUUUAAUGUUGUUUUACUGAAGUUCAGUCUUUACAGAAAACUAAAUAUCUUUCCAAAAUUGUCAGUGCCAGAACUGUAAAUGAAAAAUAAAAUAAAAAUUAAGACAAUUCAUUACAA